AUGGCUGCUCCUGUCGCUCGCACGCUCGUAGCAACGUCUGCACGGUCAGCACGCCUUGCAGUCGCCCGCCCAGCGCCCGUCGCCGCCGUCCGAUUCUCAUCAGCUCCCACUCCGUCCCCAUCUCCCGCGCCUUCCACUGCUCCCACUGGGCCCGCGACCAGCCAUGCGAACCGACCGACUCGUACACCGCAGCCCACAAACCUCCCCGGGUCCAACCUGCCGCCCCCGACGUCUGCCAAAAAGUACUCGCCCUUGACCGUCGCGGUUGUCAAAACGCUCGCCAAGCUCUUCGGGUACAACACGCAGACAUCGACGGCUAUCCGAGUGACGACAGACUACUACGACCGGUGUGCGGAGCGGGCGGAAGUAGAGGCGCCGUUCUUCUACGAAGAAUGCUACCUUCCCCCGUCGUUCCAGACAUGGUUCUCCAUCACCACCCUCCACGUCUGGCUCCUCUCCGUCCGAUUCCGCUCCCUCCCCGCUCCCCUCGGCCGCGUCUACAUCCAAGAACUCAUCAACCAGAUGUUCGUCGACGUCGAGAAUCGCAUUCGUGGGCCGUACAAAGUCACGCAGAACCGGCUCGUCAAGGGCUACAUGAAGGACUUGCUGGAGCAGUACCAUGGAGCGUGCGCGGCGUACGACGAGGGAUUGAUCCGUGGAGACCCGGUGCUGGCGGCGGCGAUUUGGAGGAACGUGUUUGGUGCGGGAUGGGGAGCGAUGGGAGGCGUCAAGGGAAAGCGCGCGCCUGAACCUGGCGUCGCUCCCAAGCUCGGCCCGAACCCGCUCGCCGUCGAGGAGGACGCGGCGACGAAGGGUACGAAGACGAGCAGCGCAUCAGCCACAACGUCGGCGAACGGUACAGCGUCUUCGCUCGAGGUCGAUCCGAUCCAGGCUUCGAUCCUCAAGAAGAGCCAGUCGCCGUCCGACGUCUUCCAGACGGACGAACCUCUCGUCGACCCUCGACACGCCAAGUGGGCGCCUCUCUACCCCGAAGACCCCGACCUCGAGUUCCCGCAGAGCCUCGAGCAGUUUGUCGUGUUUAUCAGGAAGGAGGUGCACCGACUGGAGCGGCUGCCGGACCAGGUCAUCAUGCAGGGUCAGCCGGAGCAGGGUGAGGGUAUGACGGACUUCAACAGGCUGUAG